AUGACCUCUGAUAGCAAAGAGCUAAACAUGGCGACCGAGGUGAAGCAAGUCGCGGAAUUGGGAGAAGCUGUGUCGGCCGGCGAGGAAUUCCUUCACCACUACCCCCUUCUGGCAUUCAAAACAACCGAGGAGAGAAGGGUCAUCGAGAAGUCGCUGAAAAGAAAAUUGGAUUGGGUCAUGCUUCCCAUUGUGACACUGAUGUUGUUGAUGGGCUACCUCGAUCGCAUCAACGUCGCCAAUGCUCGCCUGGCCGGUAUGCAGGAGGAUAUUGAAAUGUCCGACACUAUGUGGAAUGCCGGCAUCUCACUCUUCUAUGUCGGAUACAUCAUAUCACAGCUUCCCGCCACAGUGAUCCUUGCCAAGGGUAAACCACAGAGGCAACUUCCUUUUUAUGUCUUUAUGUGGUCGGCUGGCACCCUCUGCAUGGCGGUCAUGACUUCGGGCUGGUCCUUCCUUGUCUGUCGAUUCUUUGUCGGCCUUGCGGAAGGUCCAUUUCUCCCUGCAGUCAGUCUGGUCACGUCAAGUUGGUACACCAAAGAGGAGGCGCCAAUCAGAAUGGCAAUUUGGCAUGCCGGCAACAUCGGUUCCAACAUUUUUUCCGGUCUCCUGGCUGCAGGCAUCCUCACCCGCAUGGAAGGCGUCGCCAGCCUUCGUGCAUGGCAGUGGUUUGUGAUUAUCGAGGGAUCGAUCGGUAUCCUCCUUGCUAUUGCAGGGUACUUCUUACUGCCAAAUUAUCCCCAUAAUACCGGAAAAGCGUAUCUCACCGCCGAGCAAUCGCAGAUGGCGCAAUACAGAAUGAUGGUUUCAGCAGGUGGUAGAUCAGAAGAUGACGAAGGUGGUGCCUGGGAGGGUGUCGGUCUUGCCAUCAAAGAUCCAUUUACUUGGAUCUUCACAGUUUUGCAUUUCGGUCUCAUCCUCGGUCUAUCGUACAAAGACUUCCUGCCAUCGAUCAUCAAGACCCUGGGAUACUCGCAGCUCAUGACCUAUCUGAUCCAGGCGCCGCCUUUCAUAUUUGCUUACCUUUUGACCUGUGCUGUGUCGUGGUCCUCGGGACGGUACAUGGAACAUUGUUGGCACAUUGUCGGCACCGCGGCAGCAUGUAUUGUCGGCACAGUCAUUGCCAUCUCGACCUACAGUCCCGGUGCAAGAUACUUUGGUAUCUUCCUCAUGUGCUCGGGUCCUUUCGUCGGCUUGAAUAUUCAUAUCCCAUGGGAAACGGCCAAUGUCCCACGCCCCCGAACCAAGCGAGCCGCACUACUAGCAAUAACCAAUUGCAUCAGUUCCGUUUCACAUUGGUUCAGCCCGUAUUUAUUCCCUACGUCUCAGGAACCACUCUACCGGAAUGGUGGAUUGAUGAUCAUUGCUGGAUGUGUGAUGGGAAUUCUGGGUUGCAUAGUUUGCCGUUGGUAUUCUAUCAGGCUCAACAAGAAAUUGAGGGAGGAAGAAGAAAGGAACAAUAUCCCGAAAGGCUGGAGAUACGUCACUUAG